UCCUUAUGUCCUCCAACCCCUGCAGGGGAAUACAUUAAAACCUGGCGGCCACGCUACUUCCUCCUCAAGAAUGAUGGCACCUUUAUUGGCUACAAGGAACGGCCUCAGGAUGUGGAGCAGCGCGAGUCCCCCCUCAACAACUUCUCAGUGGCACAAUGCCAGCUGAUGAAGACAGAGCGGCCAAGGCCCAACACCUUCAUCAUCCGCUGCCUGCAGUGGACCACAGUCAUUGAGCGCACCUUCCAUGUGGAAACGCCUGAGGAGCGGGAAGAAUGGACCACCGCCAUCCAAACUGUGGCUGAUGGACUCAAGAGGCAGGAGGAAGAGACGAUGGACUUCCCAUCAGGUUCUCCCAGUGACAACUCAGGGGCUGAGGAGAUGGAGGUGUCCCUGGCCAAGCCCAAGCACCGUGUGACCAUGAACGAGUUUGAAUACCUAAAGCUACUGGGCAAGGGCACCUUUGGGAAGGUGAUCCUGGUGAAGGAGAAGGCCACGGGCCGCUACUAUGCCAUGAAGAUCCUCAAGAAGGAGGUCAUCGUUGCCAAGGAUGAGGUUGCCCACACACUGACUGAGAACCGUGUCCUGCAGAACUCUAGGCAUCCUUUCCUUACAGCGCUGAAGUACUCAUUCCAGACCCAUGACCGCCUCUGCUUUGUCAUGGAAUAUGCCAAUGGGGGCGAGCUCUUCUUCCACCUGUCUCGUGAGCGUGUGUUUUCUGAGGACCGGGCCCGCUUCUAUGGUGCGGAGAUUGUGUCGGCCUUGGACUAUCUGCACUCCGAGAAGAAUGUGGUAUACCGGGACCUUAAGCUGGAGAACCUCAUGCUGGACAAGGACGGGCACAUCAAGAUAACAGACUUUGGGCUGUGCAAGGAGGGUAUCAAGGAUGGUGCCACUAUGAAGACCUUCUGCGGAACCCCUGAGUACCUGGCCCCUGAGGUGCUGGAGGACAACGACUAUGGCCGUGCGGUGGAUUGGUGGGGGCUGGGCGUGGUCAUGUAUGAGAUGAUGUGUGGCCGCCUGCCCUUCUACAACCAGGACCACGAGAAGCUGUUCGAGCUCAUCCUCAUGGAGGAGAUCCGCUUCCCUCGGACACUUGGCCCUGAGGCCAAGUCCCUGCUCUCUGGGCUGCUCAAGAAGGACCCCACACAGAGGCUUGGCGGGGGCUCUGAGGAUGCCAAGGAGAUCAUGCAGCAUCGCUUCUUUGCCAACAUCGUGUGGCAGGAUGUAUAUGAGAAAAAGCUGAGCCCACCUUUCAAGCCCCAGGUCACCUCUGAGACUGACACCAGGUAUUUUGAUGAGGAGUUCACAGCCCAGAUGAUCACUAUCACACCGCCUGAUCAAGAUGACAGCAUGGAGUGUGUAGACAGCGAGCGGAGGCCACACUUUCCCCAGUUCUCCUACUCAGCCAGUGGCACAGCCUGAGGCCUGGGGCAAUGGCUGGCAGCUAUCACUCCUUUGCAUUGCCGAGUCCAGAAGCCCCGCAUGGAUCAUCUGUAACUGAUGGUUUUGUUUCUCGGGUGUGCUGGGGAGGAACCUUGCCAGCCUCCAGGACCAGGGGAGAAUGUUUCUACUGUGGGCAGCAGCCUACCUCCCAGCCAGGUCAGGAGGAAAAUUAUCCUGGGGUUUUUCUUAAUUUAUUUCAUCCGAUUGGAGGCCAGAUGUGGCCUCAGUGCCCAGAACAAUUAGAUUCAUGUAGGAAAAUAUUAAGGACUUCUGCGACCAUGUGCAAUGUGGGCUCAUGGGUCUGGGUGGGUCCUGUCACUGCCCCCAUUGACCUGGCCACUCUAGCUGCCACCUGUCUUUAGGGUCCAGGGCCAAAGUCCAACUGGAGGGCACCAGAAGCACCUCACUGUGGUGUGCUAGCCGGCUCUCCCUUGGGUGGGAGAAGGCAGAGCAGCCUCAGCACCAGGGCUCAGCGGGUUGGCCAGGGCUCACCAAGGUUGACAGAGGAACAAGAAUUCAGUCUGUUGCUGUGUGUCAUGCUGUUGAAAGGCAUUUUAUGGAGUUAAUCCUGGCGACAGAAGAGUGUCUGCCCCACACGAGCUCAUCCCUAGCACUUGUCUUUUUAGAUGCUUUACUUCUCCAGCUGUCCCCGGCCAGAUACUGUGGCCACUGCUGCACCAUCUCGUUUUUUACAACAUUCAACUUCAGCAUUUUUACUAUUAUAAUAAGAAACUGUCCCUCCAAAUUCAAUAAAAAUUGCUUUUCAUGUU